AUGUUCCAAGUCCGACUCAUGCUGCGUCAGGUUUUCUUCUGGACCGCGACGUUUGCUUCCACACUCCACGCGACAUCCGCCGAAAGUCAGUGGAAGUGGCUUAACUACAAUGCGUCUACAAUCUCUCCAAUCAGGGAGGUUAUCACUAUCCACGCUCCACCAGACACCGACAUUUGGAGGCCUUCCAUAAACAAUGACAACUUCACAGCGCCUUAUCUGUACACUAGCAUUGAAACCAGCAACUUUCAAAGCGUGAAUGUCACUGUUCAAGCAAAUUGGAAGACACUCUACGACCAAGGCGGCCUUGUCAUUACUUUUCCAGAGCGGCAAGAACACACCUAUUUGCAGUGGAUCAAGGCGGGAGUCGAGUUUACCGACGGAGCGCCCUACUUAGGCGUUGUCGGCACAGACAGACUGUCCGAUUGGAGCUUGAGCCCGAUGUUGCAGGACUCCAAUACCGGAAACGCAACUAUUGAAAUCGUUCGUGAUGGGUCAGACGCUUGGGUGUAUGUGAUAGAGGGAACUAGGCGACGGUCUCUGCGCCAGGUUACAUGGGCUUUCAAUGAAGGCAACUCAGAGCAUAUGCACGUGGGAAUUUAUGCAGCCAAGCCAACUCGGGAAUCUGGAGUGGGUCAUGAGUUUGAUACCCUUGCCGUUACCUUCAAAUUGUUCAGCUUGGAAACAAAGAGCUGA